UUCUUUCUCCGUGCAUCUCCAUCCUAGAAGAGUUAUUAAAAUAAUAUUGUAUAUCUCUAUUCAACCAUCUCCAAAUCUUCGGCCUAUAAAUACUUCCCAAAUAGACAGAAAGAGAAAGGGAGUUCUGAUUUGUGAAUAGAUUGAGAUAUGCAAGAGGGUAUGACUCUGAACCUAUCUCCAGCCUACAACCGUGGCGCUAUGGAUGUCGGCUCCUUUGAUUUUAGCCAAAACCUCCAGGUAAUCGUUUCUGAAGACAACAAUGGGGAGGCACUCCUUGAAGAGAACUCAAAGGAUCAUGGUUUAGUGGAGAUCUCACAGCCGCACAAUGAGGCUGAAGAAGAUGGGAAAGAGGAAGAGGAGGAAGAAGAAGAAGAAGAAGACAAUGAUGACGUGGAAUUCUCUUUUGUUCGCGCAGAUCCUGAUUCGUCCCCCAUUUCUGCUGACGAUAUCUUCUUUAACGGCCAGAUUCGGCCAAUGUUUCCAUUAUUCAACAGAGAUCUCCUCUUCGCCGACAGUCACGAGGGAGACUCCGAGGCUUCGGGCAAAGCCUCGCCUCUUCGGCCUCCGUUGAGGAAGCUAUUCGUGGAAAAAAGUGAACAUCCUUCGUCUUCCUCCUCGUCAGAGUCCGAUGAACUUGAGGGGGUAGCCCCCGGAACCUACUGUGCCUGGUCGGAAAAGGCGGUAGAGGCGUCACCUGGGGCGUGUAAGAAGAGCAAUUCCACCGGAUUUUCGAAGCUCUGGAGGUUUCGAGACCUGGUCCUUCGGAGUAACAGCGACGGCAAGGACGCAUUCGUGUUCUUGGAUCCGUCGGCGGCGAAAGCGAAAACGGUUCAGACAGACGAAAAGGUCGACAGAGCGAAAAAGAUCGAGAAAACAGAAGUUUCGGUGGAGAAGAGAAAUUCCGGCGAUGGAAAGGUGGGCGGCGGCAAGGUAAAAGGGAAAGGAGUGAAAGGGGAAAAGAGGGUGUCGGCUCACGAGAGCCUCUACAUCAAGAAUCGAGCAUUAAGGGAAGGAGGGAGACGGAAAUCUUACCUACCGUACAGGCAAGACCUGGUUGGAUUCUUCACCAACGUCAAUGGCCUCAGCCGGAACGUACAUCCCUUCUAAUUUCCAAACAAAUCAUCCAUUUCAUUUUCCAUGAAGUUCUUUUUUUUUUUUUCCUCAAAUGUGUAGAGAGCAGAAAUCUUAUUAGGGUUCCACUCUGGAAAUCUGGGUUUGAUUGGUAUGUAACACGACGGUUGGUGUAAAUCCAUCAAUUAAUUGAUUUUUUCAUCCGCCAAAAAAAAUAAAAAAUUGCAGUGACUUCUCAUAGUAUGAAGUUAUGAACA